AUGUUUUUGGAUAAAGAAGCCAAAGGAGAAGGACUGGAAUUAGUUAAAUUAGAUUUUUGUAGAGAAAAAGCCGAAGGAGAUCUAGAUAGACCUUAUGCAAGACCUUCACUACUUUCAUCACAUAUACAAAGAAACAGAACCAUAUCUGGUAUACUUGAAGAAUCUUCAGAACACUCUCCUUCUGCAAUAUUACAUAAAGAUAAUUCAGAAGAGACAAAGAUUGAGAGACAUCCACCUGAUAAGACAUUGGUCAAAUCCCAACCAGAAGCUGAAUUUCACAGACACGAUCAAUAUGAAGCUGAAUUAGAAGAUACAACAACUGAUACUUCUGAAUAUAUCACAGAAGAAGAUGAAAAUAUCAAUAGUG